CGUCGUUGGAAUAAUUUAUUCCGAAAUGACAACGAUAAUUAUUCCAUGACAGCUGCGUUGUGUUGUACGGCUUUAAUGGAAAAUUGUCUCCGAAGAAUAUAUUCUUUCACCACAACCCACACAUUUCCGAUAGCCGAAUAACUGCACCUUCUAAUGAAGCCAAAUUUUGUAUUGUCGGAGAGUAUUGUUAAAAAGGAAACAAACGCCUCUCUAUAGGCGGAUUUUAACAUGCCCUAAAGCACUUAAAGUCAGUUUUGGUAGAGGUAAGAGAGACUUUAAUAAACGUAGAUACAGAUCAAGGAAGUAUAUUUUUACUUCUUUUAUGAUUUUUUUGUUUUUGUUUUUGUUUUACACAGCUCUCUAUUACCAUAUUUUCUUUAUUUGUUGUGUAUAACCCUUUUGCUGGUUGAACUCAUAAGCCGAAAGGUACACGAUGAUAUUUCUCCUGUGUGAUGAAGCUGUUUUUUGUCCUCAGAAUUACCCCUCAGGGAUUUGGUCUCCUCAUUUGAAUCGGAGAUUGGAGCGUAAAUGAAUCAACGGGCGAAACUUAAGUUUCCUGUAGAUCUUGUUUUCCAUAAAAAUAUCAGUUCAGAUCAGAUUAAAAGGCUUGUAAACCAAGUCAAAUCAUUGCGAACAUCUCGGGUUUAGCAGAGUGAAAUCUUCACCGUCAUAAACGUGUCGUUUUUUUCAUCAGACGAAGAGAAUAAGGCGACCUUUUUUCCUUUAAUUAUGAUUUAUUUAUUUUUGUUUUUUUUUUCUUUUUCUUAGAGUGUGACGCCAAAAGUUGAUUUAUUUUAAUCAACGGUAUAAAAGGGCCCUUCGGCCAGGAGGAUAUCUGUUUUCUGCUUUUGUCGUUCUAACAAAAGUUGAAAAAAUAUCAAAGUCUUGCAACAAUAGACAAUUAUUUGGCAUUGUAUUGCAGUGGGUGUGUUAAAACUGCGUCUGUAGCUCUCAUGAAACUGCUUGCUGUCUGCGCUGUUAGGCAAAACGCGAAUUGUAAUUAGUGUGUUUGUAUAUCUUUCUUUUAUAAGGAUCGAUACUUCAUUUAAUGGAAAAUUAGAAUUUGCGGAACCUUUUACUGAUUUUACUAUCAGAUAUUAGUGAUAUCUGAUCGUAACUUUCGUUAUCACAGCGGAUCGCGAACGUUUUAUCACGCUCCUCCUCACGGAUCUCAUCACGCUUAUCUCACCACGCUUAUCCCAGGCUACUUGACGGAGCCUGGUACCGAUUGCCGCUUUGAGAGCAGACCGCACUCGUUACGCAGUAUGGAACAUGGUAUUUCAAAGAAUUCUUCUGGAACCAGUUCCGCACCAAGCCUUUUGGUCCAACUUCGGGAAAAUUAACAGUAUAAUGAAGCAUGACAAGGGCCAACCUUGAGUUGACAUAGAGCGACAAAGAACAGUUUUGAUGCGACCGACAAAGCUGCAAAAUCGAACCACUUUAUUUGAAGAGGUUCACACAUAACGACUGUCGAAUUCUAAAUUAGUACUUGUUGCCUUGGAAUUUUGAAUCAGAAGUCAUCGUCUAUGGUUCUCAGCCAACAAAACAUCAUGAAUGAUGGGGAUAUUGUUAUGGAAGGUCAUCUUAAACGACUUAAGACUCAAAAGAAGCGAUACUUCGUUCUUCGUUCGUCUCCAAGGAAGGAAAAAUCCCGACUGGAAUACUACGAGAGCGAGAAGAAGUUUCGUUUAAAAGGAACUCCAAAGCGAGUUAUUUACCUAACUGACUGCUGGAACAUCGCAAAGAAAGAAGAUUCGAAGCACAAAUCGGUGUUCGUUUUGUACACGCGCGAAGAUGCAUUUGGCUUGAUCGCGGAUUCUGAAGACAAGCUAAAUGCUUGGCUAAAGAGCUUGAAGACAGAGCAGAAAAAGGAUGAAGUCCUGAAUGCAACUGUGUCAAAAUGGCCUGUCGCUGUGAAACCGAGGGGACUGGGCACCAGUAAGAACCUCACAGGGCAAUAUGAUCUUCAACUGUCCAACAACUCUUUAUCAUUGGUCAGAAAGGAUACCAAAGAGUCAAUGAUUGAGCUGGAGCUUGUCAGUGUCAGACGUUGUGGACACACGGACUGUUUUUUCUUCAUGGAGCUUGGACGGUCCGCUGUGACAGGUGCUGGAGAACUCUGGAUCCAAGUUGAUGAUCAGAUUAUUGCGCAGAACAUGCAUGACGCUAUACUGGGGGCCAUGCACAACAUCUCAACAUCGGACAUUCAACCAGUGUCCAGACGGCGCUGCUCAAGUGAAGGGAAGAGACAGAAAUCCAGACCACGCCCUGUCUCGGCUGUUAUUUAUCCACUGAAUCGUCGCCGCUCUGGUACCGAGCCAAGUUCGUCUCCUGAAGCCCUGUUUCAUGCCGGUUCUUCGAAUUCCACGAGGAAUUUAUCAGAAGGUGAUUCGAGUCCCAGAAGCAAGACACCUUCUGUUUUAAAUCGCUUAUUGCCACGAAGAAGGUCAAAGGAAGGCAAGUUCGCCAUGUUACUUAUCACUCAAGUCUUGUUCGAUUACCGUAAACUUCCGCUUAUGAGCCCUAAGCUUGUGCGACUUCGCAAGGGGUUUUGGACGAUUCUUAUAAAUUGGAGGGCUUAUAAGCGGAAUAAAAAUACCGUUUCGAAAUAUGUUAUCCGCACAGAGUACAUGAAUAUUGGACCAGGAAACGUUCAGGAGCUGACAAGUGAAGAGGAUUACAUGAAGAUGGGUGGAGACCGACGCAAGAGCAGUGGCUCUUACGUGGACAUGGAGUCAACGAAGUUUAAAGCUGUGAAAGCAUUCAAAGACCCUCAAACUCAGUCAAACUCAAAACUCACGCAGACUACUCCCGAAGGGGGCUACAUGGACAUGACGUCACCAAGGAAACAACAGUUCGACAAACAGAAUGGAAGUGCGAAAACUCAAAGUCCGAGCGCCCGCAGUGAGUUUGUACAGCAGAAGAAAUCUUCGUCGCCUAGGCAACGGAGGACCACAGAAAGCGCCCUGCCCAAUAAACCAGACAUCCGCGAGUUCGUCUGCAUCAAGAAAUCUCCAUCCACUUCUCGUCGGCAUUCUGGGCAGGAUUAUGUCUCAAUGAGUCCGCUGGCCGUACCGGCAGACGAAUCUCGAAGCUACGUGAACUUUACCCCGGGCUCGAACUCUCCGAGGCCCGGGUCUCCGAAUCUCAUGUCGACCAAUCAGCGAGAAGAGUCAAAUCGUUGUUACGUGAACUAUUCUCCGGGAGAGAUUUUCGCAAACAGAAGUGCGCAAGUCGAUUCUCUCAGCCCACGGACAUAUCUAAACGGUUCGGUCGAGUCGUCUUCGUACGAAGACAUGCACAGUUAUGUGAAUUUUAACCCUGGCUAUAAUAUUGAACAGGAAGCCGCGACCAGCGACUUUAGAAAACAUAGCUUGGAAUCCGUGCUUUCUGAAAAACCUCGCGAAUACGAAAACGUUGAUUUCAACGGUAUUGCAAAAAGUAAAAGCGCGGUGGAUGUUCCCCAAUACGUUAAUUUUUCUCCGAGGAAACCCUUUGAAAGCAGCAACAAUGACAUUUUGUCAGCCAAUGGCGACACCGAUGCGAGCUUAGAAGAAGCGCUUGAUUACGUCGGAUUUUCGCCUGGGAAAGUUCUGGAUGAAAACGAGCGGUGGCGAAGAUCACCUCGUUCAAACCGACGAGAAAGCGAACCCGCGAGAUUGCAACCGCCAAAAUGUGUAGGAAGCACAUCGCUGGGGUCAACUCGAGAAGACGAAGAAAUUACUCAACUUAACUACGUUAUGCUUGACUUGAACAAAACUGAAAAUUCGUCCGAGUCGCCUUCUCGACAGCACCGGCGCCCUCCAAAUAUUGACUUGCGUUCGUGCCGACAAUCUUCGCCAGGACCGAAAUCCGCGCCAGUCAGGAGUAUCUAUGCUGAGGUAGAUUUUACAAAGUCUGACGGAAUAAGGCAAGCUAGGCAAGAAGUUAGAGAACCUACAAAUACGGCUGUGUAAAAUAGGAUCGCUUGGAGAGAAAGUAGCAUUUCUCACAGAAUCGCUUCUCCGAUUUUUGAGUCAUUCUUAAACUUCCGCUAUUUUAGUUACAGAUGUUGCUUCGUUACGCGUCACCAUGACGACAAAAUGACUUGUGGCUCUCGGAGUGCAGCCAGAUCUCGUAACCACAGUUGUCCGGCCACUUGGUCAGCGGUUAACUCAGCCAAGCAUAGCCGAAAAUUGUGUGGUUACGAGAGUCAUCAGGAGAUUUUGUUCGGCGAGUGGUCGUGCAAAUUUUGAUUGGUUGUAAAGAGUCGGAAAUCCCCUCGAGUUCUGACAGUGUAUUAGGCUUGCUGAAUCGAUAUUAAACGAUCGACAACUGCUGUGUAAUGAGGUACAAUUAAAUUAUUGUAAUUAUCUCCCAGAUAAUGUAAGAAAUAUUGUUUUCAGAGUAGCCGCUAUGAGUAUAUAUUGUCUUCUAUUGACAUAGCUUCUGAGAGAAAGAACGAAUGCAA